UCAAAGAAGAAAAAAAAGAGGAUAUAUACGUAUUUACACAAUUAUUUAAAAAUAUGUACAUAGAAGAGAGAACUUAACAACAACGGAUUAUAUUAAAUUAUUUAACGCCUUCUCGUGUGUUUAGUAUCUUCGUAAUUAUUAAAAAAAGUGAUAGUUUUCAAUGUGCACUCGGCGAAUGAUAGUAGUAGGGUUGCCCAACAUUUGCAAAUCUAAGAUCGAAGAUGUCCAUUUUGGUUAAAAUCGUUUUUUAUUUAAUUGGUUUUAUGUAUUAAUAUUUUUUGAUGACCGAAAGAUACUACAGAUUAAAUACAUGAUGGGCAGCUAUGGGAAGGCGAUAAUGGUUGGAUUCAUUUGUCGUUUGUGUUCGGAAAUGAAAAAAAAUGUUAUUCAUUUAUAUACAGCAAAAGCUGCAAAACUGGGAUUGAGGAAAAUGUUAAAAUUAUUACCCAUAACGGUGGAUAAAUAUGAUAAUCUACCCAAAACAAUAUGCCAGCAAUGCAUAGAAAGGCUAGAAGCGCAAUAUGACCUUCACAUGAAGAUCAGGAAAAGUGAUUCUAUAUAUAGAAUUCACAGAAAUUUUCAUAGCAAUGGUAACUGCCCAGUUGACUGUCCACUCCAUGGUCAUGUUGAAUAAGUGAAUUUUUGUAAAUAAAGCCAUUAAUUUGUUUUUUGUUUCUAAAUCUUCAUUUCUUUUUCUGAAUAUGAAAUCUUUUAUUUAA